UCUAGAUGUUGGCUCCCACAGUGAAAGGGAGCUAAGGACACUAAAGGACAUUCCUUUCAGUGAGCCUGGACAUCUACCUGCUGGGAACGUGCUCCGUGUUUCAUCUGUGGAUAGUUGUAAACUGCCCCACCCACCCGUAGGACAGCCGUCACAGCUCUUCAAAGCAGGUUGACCUGUCACAGCUGGAUCCAGAUGAGAGAUGGAGGAUCGAGCAUGCCCGGAUGCACGCCAAACACCGGGGCCACGAGGCCAUGCACGCCGAAAUGGUACUCAUCUUGAUCGCCACGUUGGUCGUCGCCCAGCUCCUCCUGGUACAGUGGAAACAGAGGCACCCUCGGUCCUACAACAUGGUGACCCUCUUCCAGAUGUGGGUUGUCCCCCUCUACUUCACGGUGAAGCUGCACUGGUGGCGAUUCCUGGGCAUCUGGAUCUUCUUCUCGGCCAUCACGGCUUUCGUCACCUUCCGAGCCACUCGGAAGCCCCUUUUCCAGACCACACCCAGAUUGGUUUACAAGUGGUUCCUCCUAAUAUAUAAGAUCAGCUAUGCCACAGGGAUCGUUGGUUAUAUGGCUGUCAUGUUCACCCUCUUUGGACUUAAUUUAUUAUUCAGAAUAAAACCAGAAGAUGGCAUGGAUUUUGGGAUCUCUCUCCUGUUCUACGGCCUCUAUUAUGGAGUCCUGGAGCGCGACUUUGCCGAAAUGUGUGCAGAUUACAUGGCCUCCACAAUCGGGUUUUACAGCGCCUCUGGCAUGCCCACCAAGCACCUCUCGGACAGCGUCUGUGCCGUCUGCGGGCAGCAGAUCUUUGUCGAUGUGAACGAAGAAGGGAUCAUCGAAAACACCUACAGACUCUCUUGCAAUCACGUCUUCCAUGAGUUCUGCAUCCGGGGCUGGUGCAUCGUGGGGAAGAAGCAGACCUGUCCCUACUGCAAGGAGAAGGUGGACCUGAAGCGGAUGUUCAGCAAUCCCUGGGAGAGGCCGCACGUCAUGUACGGACAGCUGCUGGACUGGCUGCGCUACCUGGUGGCUUGGCAGCCGGUCAUCAUCGGACUGGUGCAAGGCAUUAACUACAUCCUGGGGCUGGAAUAGCCCCCGGGUCCUCCCACCUCGCCAGAACGCCCCUGGGGAGCCGGGCCCCCAAGCCACACGGCGGAGGACGGCCUUCAGACCCAAAGGAGAAGCGUUCUCGAUCACUUACCUCUCAGGAUCGUGGCCUUUGCCCAGCGCUGCCCCGCCAGCACACCCAGAAGGACUUGGUGCAAGAGAAGCCACCGCUGAGGUCGGCUCGUGCUGCCUGCUGGUUGGGAGGGGAAGCCUCUCUCUUUUCUUUUUUUUAGCAAGAAAGAAAACAGUUAUUUUAACGAGCAUCU